UCUCUCUCUUUCCCCAAUCCUUCGUCCCCACUUCCAUUCCAAACCCUAGAGCAGCUCUCCUAGGGAAAAGACAGAGAGAGAGAGAGCGCCAGAUCUCUUCUCGAUCGACUCCCAAUUGAGUAUAGAGGGAGAGAAGAGGAAGAAAAGAGAUGUGGAAUAGCGGAGCGGCGUCGUCGUCGUCUCAGAUGCCGCCGCCUCCGCCGCCGCCGGUGGCGCCUCCCGGGACGACGGGAGGGUCAGGCGUCCCCCCGCCGCCUGCAGUGCAGCCCUCCUAUAGCAUACCACCAUCUCCGGCGGAGCUGGAGGCGCAGCUGGUGGAGAAGGCCAGGAAGUGGCACCAGCUCAACUCAAAGAGGUACGGGGACAAGAGAAAGUUCGGCUUUGUCGAGGCCCAGAAGGAGGACAUGCCCCCUGAGCACGUCAGGAAGAUCAUCAGAGAUCAUGGAGACAUGUCCUCCAAGAAGUACCGUCAUGACAAACGUGUCUAUCUUGGGGCUCUGAAAUUUGUUCCUCAUGCAGUGUACAAGCUUCUUGAAAACAUGCCUAUGCCCUGGGAGCAGGUUCGUAAUGUGAAAGUUUUGUAUCACAUAACUGGUGCAAUCACAUUUGUGAAUGAGAUUCCUUGGGUGGUUGAACCCAUAUAUUUAGCACAGUGGGGUACAAUGUGGAUUAUGAUGCGAAGAGAGAAGAGAGACCGAAGGCACUUCAAAAGAAUGCGAUUUCCUCCUUUUGAUGAUGAGGAACCUCCAUUGGAUUAUGCAGACAAUUUAUUAGAUGUGGAUCCGUUGGAGGCUAUUCAGCUGGAAUUAGAUGAAGAAGAAGAUUCUGCCGUAUAUACAUGGUUCUAUGAUCAUAAACCUCUUGUAAAAACAAAGCUUAUAAAUGGUCCAAGUUACAGAAAGUGGCAUCUUUCACUUCCAAUCAUGGCAACUCUUCAUCGGCUUGCAGGACAGCUGCUCUCCGAUUUGAUUGAUCGAAACUAUUUUUACUUGUUUGAUAUGGAGUCGUUUUUCACUGCCAAAGCGCUGAAUAUGUGCAUACCAGGAGGCCCCAAGUUUGAGCCACUGUACCGUGAUAUGGAAAAAGGAGAUGAGGAUUGGAAUGAAUUUAAUGACAUUAAUAAACUCAUUAUUCGCCAGCCACUCAGAACAGAAUACAGAAUAGCAUUUCCUCAUCUAUACAACAAUAGGCCAAGGAAAGUGAAGCUUGGCAUAUAUCAUACUCCUAUGAUAAUGUUUAUUAAAGCCGAGGAUCCUGAUUUACCUGCAUUCUACUAUGAUCCUCUGAUUAACCCCAUUACUUCCAUCAACAAGGUUGACCGACGGGAGAAGAAAGUUUAUGAAGAGGAUGAUGAGGAUGAUUUUUGUCUUCCAGAUGGAGUUGAACCUCUACUGCAAAGCACUCAACUAUAUACUGAUACUACGGCUGCUGGUAUCUCAUUGUUGUUUGCACCACGCCCAUUCAACACGAGAUCUGGUCGUACUAGGCGAGCUGAAGAUAUACCCCUUGUAUCAGAAUGGUACAAGGAGCACUGCCCUCCAUCAUACCCAGUUAAAGUUCGUGUUAGUUAUCAAAAGUUAUUGAAGUGUUUUGUAUUGAAUGAGUUGCAUCAUCGACCUCCAAAGGCAAAAAAGAAACACUUGUUCCGAUCACUCCAAGCAACUAAAUUCUUUCAAACAACAGAACUGGAUUGGGCAGAAGCAGGUUUACAAGUUUGUAAGCAAGGAUACAAUAUGCUAAAUCUGUUGAUUCACAGAAAGAAUCUUAACUAUCUUCACCUUGAUUAUAAUUUCAAUUUGAAACCUGUAAAGACACUGACCACAAAGGAGCGGAAGAAGUCGCGAUUUGGAAAUGCAUUCCAUCUAUGUCGUGAAAUUUUGCGACUGACAAAGCUUGUCGUUGAUGCCAAUAUUCAGUUCCGUCUGGGCAAUGUUGAUGCCUUUCAGUUGGCUGAUGGCUUGCAGUAUAUAUUUGCACAUGUUGGCCAGCUGACUGGAAUGUACCGUUACAAAUACCGACUGAUGCGGCAGAUCAGAAUGUGUAAAGACUUGAAGCACCUGAUUUACUACCGAUUCAAUACUGGUCCUGUUGGGAAAGGUCCUGGCUGUGGCUUUUGGGCCCCUAUGUGGAGGGUGUGGUUGUUUUUCCUUCGUGGCAUUGUGCCCUUGUUAGAAAGAUGGUUGGGCAAUUUGCUUGCACGCCAAUUUGAGGGUCGCCAUUCCAAAGGAGUUGCCAAGACUGUUACAAAGCAACGUGUUGAGAGUCACUUUGACUUGGAACUCCGAGCUGCUGUUAUGCAUGAUGUUCUUGAUGCGAUGCCAGAGGGCAUUAAGCAGAACAAGGCUAGGACUAUUUUGCAACACCUAAGUGAGGCAUGGCGUUGUUGGAAAGCCAACAUACCAUGGAAGGUUCCAGGACUGCCAGUGCCUAUCGAAAACAUGAUUCUUCGUUAUGUGAAGUCCAAGGCAGAUUGGUGGACCAAUGUUGCUCACUACAAUCGAGAGCGUAUUAGAAGAGGUGCAACAGUUGAUAAGACUGUAUGUAGAAAGAAUCUAGGAAGGUUGACUCGUUUGUGGCUAAAAGCUGAGCAGGAAAGGCAACACAAUUACUUGAAAGAUGGUCCAUAUGUCACCCCUGAAGAAGCAGUUGCUAUCUACACUACAACAGUUCAUUGGCUGGAGUCAAGAAAGUUUUCUCCUAUACCAUUUCCACCUUUAUCAUACAAACAUGACACUAAACUUCUUAUCCUGGCACUAGAAAGGCUGAAAGAGUCUUAUAGUGUGGCAGUGAGAUUGAAUCAAUUACAAAGGGAAGAACUGGGUCUGAUUGAACAAGCCUAUGACAAUCCACAUGAGGCAUUGUCAAGGAUAAAGCGGCACCUGCUUACACAGCGUGCAUUUAAAGAGGUUGGCAUUGAGUUCAUGGAUUUGUAUAGUUACCUGAUUCCUGUGUAUGAAAUUGAACCUCUGGAGAAAAUUACGGAUGCAUAUCUUGAUCAAUAUUUAUGGUAUGAAGGUGACAAGCGGCACCUUUUCCCUAAUUGGGUCAAGCCUGCUGAUUCGGAGCCACCUCCUCUUCUUGUCUACAAAUGGUGUCAAGGUAUAAACAACUUACAGGGCAUAUGGGACACAAGUGAUGGACAGUGUGUUGUGAUGCUGCAAACAAAGUUUGAAAAGUUCUUUGAGAAAAUUGACUUGACCAUGUUAAACAGGCUUCUUCGUUUGGUUCUUGACCACAAUAUUGCUGAUUAUGUCACAGCUAAAAACAAUGUGGUGUUGUCAUACAAGGAUAUGAGUCAUACAAACUCAUAUGGUCUCAUUCGGGGUCUUCAAUUUGCUUCAUUUGUUGUGCAAUAUUAUGGGCUUGUGUUAGAUCUUUUACUUCUUGGUUUAACUAGAGCCAGUGAAAUUGCUGGUCCUCCUCAGAUGCCCAAUGAGUUCAUUACUUAUGCAGACACCAAAAUUGAGACCAGGCAUCCUAUUCGGUUAUAUUCACGAUACAUUGACAAAGUACAUAUUUUGUUCCGCUUCACUCAUGAGGAGGCACGAGAUCUGAUUCAGCGAUAUCUUACAGAGCAUCCAGAUCCAAACAAUGAAAAUAUGGUUGGAUAUAAUAAUAAGAAAUGUUGGCCAAGGGAUGCAAGAAUGAGACUGAUGAAACAUGAUGUCAACCUUGGGCGAAGUGUUUUUUGGGAUAUGAAGAAUCGAUUACCUCGAAGUAUCACAACAUUGGAGUGGGAAAACAGCUUUGUCUCUGUUUACAGCAAGGAUAACCCCAAUCUGCUAUUCAGCAUGUGUGGAUUUGAGGUCCGCAUAUUGCCAAAGAUAAGAAUGACUCAAGAGGCAUUUAGCAACACUAAAGAUGGAGUUUGGAACUUGCAAAAUGAGCAGACCAAAGAGAGAACAGCAAUAGCUUUCUUACGUGUUGAUGAUGAACAUAUGAAGGUGUUUGAGAAUCGUGUGAGGCAGAUUCUUAUGUCCUCAGGAUCAACAACAUUUACUAAGAUAGUCAACAAAUGGAAUACUGCUCUUAUUGGUCUUAUGACCUAUUUUCGUGAAGCAACUGUGCACACACAGGAGCUAUUAGAUCUGCUGGUCAAGUGUGAAAAUAAGAUCCAAACUCGUAUCAAGAUUGGACUGAAUUCGAAGAUGCCUAGCAGGUUUCCUCCUGUCAUCUUUUACACACCUAAAGAAAUAGGGGGCCUUGGUAUGUUGUCAAUGGGUCACAUUUUGAUCCCACAAAGUGAUCUAAGGUAUAGUCAACAGACGGAUGUUGGGGUUACACAUUUCCGUAGUGGUAUGAGCCACGAGGAGGAUCAGCUUAUUCCAAACCUUUACCGCUACAUACAGCCCUGGGAGAGCGAAUUCAUUGAUUCACAACGUGUUUGGGCGGAAUACGCUUUAAAGAGGCAGGAAGCACAAUCACAAAAUAGACGAUUAACCCUUGAAGAUCUUGAGGAUUCCUGGGAUAGGGGGAUACCUCGGAUCAACACCCUUUUCCAAAAAGAUCGUCAUACUCUGGCAUAUGACAAAGGGUGGAGAGUACGAACUGAUUUUAAGCAAUAUCAAGUGUUGAAGCAAAAUCCAUUUUGGUGGACCCACCAGCGACAUGAUGGCAAGCUUUGGAACUUGAAUAAUUAUCGGACUGAUGUCAUCCAAGCACUUGGGGGAGUCGAGGGGAUUCUAGAACACACAUUAUUUAAAGGGACAUAUUUCCCAACUUGGGAAGGUCUCUUUUGGGAGAAGGCAUCAGGAUUUGAGGAGUCCAUGAAAUAUAAGAAGCUUACAAAUGCACAACGGUCUGGGCUGAAUCAAAUCCCAAACCGAAGGUUCACUUUGUGGUGGUCUCCUACCAUAAAUCGUGCAAAUGUGUAUGUAGGCUUCCAGGUGCAACUUGAUCUUACAGGAAUAUUCAUGCAUGGAAAGAUACCUACAUUGAAGAUAUCUUUGAUUCAGAUAUUUCGUGCUCAUCUUUGGCAAAAGGUUCAUGAGAGUGUUGUUAUGGAUCUCUGCCAAGUUCUGGAUCAGGAGUUGGAUGCAUUAGAAAUUGAAACUGUACAGAAAGAGACCAUCCACCCAAGAAAGAGUUACAAGAUGAACAGUUCUUGUGCUGAUAUUCUUCUUUUCGCUGCACAUAGAUGGCCAAUGUCUAAACCAAGCCUAGUUGCUGAGUCGAAAGAUGUGUUUGAUCAGAAAGCAAGCAAUAAAUACUGGAUAGAUGUGCAACUUCGUUGGGGAGACUAUGAUUCACAUGAUAUAGAACGUUACACGAGGGCGAAAUUUAUGGAUUACACAACUGACAACAUGUCCAUAUAUCCAUCUCCCACUGGUGUGAUGAUUGGAAUUGAUUUAGCAUAUAAUCUGCACUCAGCCUUUGGCAAUUGGUUCCCUGGUUCAAAGCCUUUGCUGGCUCAAGCAAUGAACAAAAUAAUGAAGUCAAAUCCAGCAUUAUAUGUUUUGAGGGAGCGGAUAAGGAAGGGUCUACAACUGUAUUCAUCUGAACCUACUGAACCAUAUCUUUCAUCUCAAAACUAUGGGGAGAUCUUCAGCAACCAAAUCAUAUGGUUUGUUGAUGACACGAAUGUAUAUCGUGUUACAAUCCAUAAAACUUUCGAGGGAAAUCUCACUACAAAACCCAUCAAUGGUGCCAUCUUUAUUUUCAACCCAAGGACAGGGCAGCUGUUUCUCAAGGUGAUCCACACCAGUGUGUGGGCAGGGCAAAAGCGUCUUGGGCAGUUGGCAAAAUGGAAAACUGCAGAGGAGGUGGCUGCUCUUGUGCGGUCGUUGCCAGUCGAAGAGCAACCAAAGCAAAUUAUUGUGACCCGUAAAGGGAUGUUGGAUCCUUUGGAGGUCCAUUUGCUUGAUUUCCCCAACAUUGUGAUCAAGGGGAGUGAGCUUCAGUUGCCUUUCCAGGCUUGCUUGAAAAUUGAGAAGUUUGGCGAUUUGAUUCUGAAGGCUACUGAACCUCAGAUGGUUCUUUUCAAUAUUUAUGAUGAUUGGUUGAAAAGUAUUUCAUCGUACACUGCCUUCUCUCGUCUUAUCUUGAUUCUACGGGCACUCCAUGUGAACAACGAGAAGGCAAAGAUGUUACUGAAGCCUGACAAAACAAUCAUCACUGAACCACACCAUAUCUGGCCUACACUUACAGAUGAUCAGUGGAUGAAGGUGGAAGUUGCACUGAGAGAUCUCAUACUUUCUGACUAUGCUAAGAAGAACAACGUGAACACUUCUGCGCUAACACAGUCUGAAAUUCGUGAUAUAAUUCUUGGUGCUGAGAUAACUCCACCCUCACAGCAGAGACAACAGAUUGCUGAAAUUGAAAAACAGGCCAAAGAAGCUAGUCAAUUGACUGCAGUUACAACAAGGACAACAAAUGUGCAUGGGGAUGAACUUAUAGUCACCACAACCAGUCCCUAUGAACAACAAGCAUUUGGUUCUAAAACCGACUGGCGUGUUAGGGCUAUAUCGGCAACAAAUCUUUAUCUUCGUGUCAAUCAUAUUUAUGUAAACUCAGAUGACAUUAAGGAGACUGGAUACACUUACAUCAUGCCUAAGAACAUAUUAAAGAAGUUCAUCUGCAUAGCAGAUCUACGAACACAGAUUGCAGGAUAUCUAUAUGGGUUAAGCCCCCAAGAUAAUCCACAGGUGAAGGAGAUCCGUUGCAUAGUCAUGGCACCACAAUGGGGGACUCAUCAGCAGGUCCAUCUCCCAUCAUCUCUUCCAGAGCAUGAUUUCUUGAAUGACCUGGAGCCAUUGGGAUGGAUGCAUACUCAGCCUAACGAGCUUCCCCAACUCUCUCCUCAGGAUGUUACAUGUCAUGCGCGAAUUCUAGAGAACAACAAACAAUGGGAUGGCGAGAAGUGCAUCAUUUUGACAUGUAGCUUCACUCCAGGAUCCUGCUCAUUGACAGCAUAUAAACUCACGCCAUCAGGUUAUGAAUGGGGCCGUGUCAACAAGGACACUGGAAGCAAUCCACAUGGCUACCUGCCAACACAUUAUGAAAAGGUGCAGAUGCUUCUCAGUGACCGGUUCUUGGGAUUCUACAUGGUUCCAGAUAAUGGUCCCUGGAAUUACAACUUCAUGGGGGUAAAGCACACAGUAAGUAUGCGAUAUGGUGUAAAGCUUGGAACACCUCGAGACUACUAUCACGAAGACCAUAGGCCGACACAUUUUCUCGAGUUCAGUAAUUUGGAAGAGGGGGACACUGCAGAUGCAGACAGAGAGGAUACCUUUACGUAGAUGGUUGGUUUUGAGGUUCUAGCUUUUUCUUUUUCUAAUUAUGUCUCUGGAACAAGGAACACGUUAACCUAUGCAUGUGACGACGCAUGCUUGUAUGUUUUGUGUGUGAUGGUGGAUUUCUAUAUUUCUACCAUGUACUUGAUUGCUGUAUAUAGAAACUAUCCAGUGAUAAACUGUAUUUUUCAAUUUAAGCAGUAUGAAUGUGUUGUCUAA